CAUCUCACUUGGGAAAAAAAAUUUCUCAAACCAAACCCUAAAAACGGUUACGAGAGGAAGAGCCCUGAGAUUUCGUUCUCUCACUCUCGCCGGUGGUUGAGAAGAGAAGACUCCGCCGCCGCCGCCAUGGACGACGAAGUGCGCAAGAUUUUCAACAAGUUUGACAAGAACGGCGACGGAAAGAUCUCGUGCACGGAGCUGAAGGAGAUGCUCUGCGCGCUCGGCACCAAGACUUCCUCCGAGGAGGUGAAGCGCAUGAUGGCGGAGAUCGACCAGAACGGCGACGGCUACAUCGAUCUCAAGGAGUUCGCGGAGUUUCACCUCCACGACGCCGGAGAAGACGAUUCCAAGGAGCUUCGUGACGCCUGCGAUCUCUAUGACCUCGACAAGAACGGCCUCAUCUCCGCUAACGAGCUUCACUCCGUGCUCAAGAAACUCGGCGAGAAAUGCUCCCUCGGUGACUGCCGGAAGAUGAUCAGCAACGUCGAUGCCGACGGCGACGGAAACGUCAACUUCGAGGAGUUCAAGAAGAUGAUGGCUCGCUCCUAGGCUCUGAUCUAAACGGUGCGUUUUAGUUUCAUCACAUCACGGUGUUCGUAUGGUUUAGGAUUAACGAAAUAGCUAGUUCAGAAACUCAGAAUUGCACAUACAGUAGUUGAAAUCUUAUGUACAUUCUCUGCGGUGCUAAUAGUUAGCUAGCUUAGUUUUCUGGUUAAUUGCUGAUGACUUGAAUCGUGAAAAAACGUUUGGUUGCUUUUGCUA